AUGGAUGACAGAGAUGUCGUAUGGUUAAAAGGACCCAUGGCCCGGCGAGGCAUGCUGCGAGAGCGGCAUAACAAGGCCGUUGGUCCGAAAAAUCCCCGGACUGACCAACGGCAAAGUGCCCCGCCACGCCGUCUCGGCCCCAAACGUGCGUCCGAGAUCCGCAAGCUGUUCAACCUGAGCAAGGAGGACGACGUAAGCAGCCAUGUCGUCAAGCGCGUGCUGCCGCCCAAGGAGGGCAAGGAGAAUGCCAAGCCCAGAUCAAAGGUGAUGGUGCAAAAUCACACAGAAAUUAUCCUAUCAGAGCUUGGAAAGGGCACACCCGGCGUCGAACAUAGAAAUAACAACCAAUCUAAAUUUGAUUUCGCUACUUCUGCCCGAGUUUCGACCAAACGUGAGGUGAUUCUUGAAGUCAAGAAACUUCAAACGGAAAUUAAACGUAUACGCAAAAAGGAGCUUUCAUAA